AUGGUCUCCAAUUCCUUCACGGACCUCCCCCAAGACAAAGAAGGCGUCUUCUCCCCCGGCGGCCCAACGCCAACCUUCAACCCUCCCCUAACCCCCGCAACAAAAGACUACCGCCUGAACCACCUCGCAAUCCGCGUCAAAGACCCAGCGCGGUCUCUGCACUUCUACGUCGAGCUGCUCGGCAUGCGUGUGAUCUUUACCAUGAACGCCGGCCCAUUCACCAUCUACUACCUCGGCCACCCGCCGCCCGGCACCGGCGACGGUCUAGACGCGUGGGCCAGGACAACAAGCGAUAUCCCAGUCAUGACGCGGACGAGCGGCCUCCUAGAGCUGUACCAUGUGCAUGGCACGGAGAGCGUGUCGACCGGCAAUAGCCCGCCGCAUCUGGGGUUUGCGCACCUGGGGUUUACGGUGCCAGAUGUGGGGGCUGCCGUGGAGCGGUUGAAGGCUGCGGGGGUGCCGGUUCUGAAGGAUCUGGGGGUCUGUGAGAGGGAGUCUAUUCCGUUGUCCUCGUGGGAGGAGGAGAAGGGGAUCGGGAAGGGAGAGAUUCACGAGAAUUAUGCGUGGUUCUUUGAGAAGUUUGCUAUGGUGGUGGACCCGGACGGGUAUUCGGUGGAGUUGAUUCCCCAGAAUAUCUGA